UUGAUUCCCGCUGUGAGUCGAGCCAGCUCAGGUUUGUGGCUGUUGUUGCUGCUUGUGUGUGACAGAUUCGGGGCUAAAACUCGGCUCUGUCUGCUGUUUACACCGGACUCCCGAGGGGAAACCGAACCUGGACUGCCAGAACUGAACACUAACGGUAGAAAUGGAGUCUCAGGGCAGAGACGAAAUGAAGGGGCCAGUGCUGCACAUCGUGGUGGUUGGAUUUCACCAUAAGAAGGGCUGUCAGGUUGAGUUCUCGUACCCCCCGCUGAUGCCAAACGAGGGUCAUGACAGCAGCUUGCUGCCGGAGGAGUGGAAGUACCUCCCUUUCCUGGCUCUGCCAGAUGGAGCCCACAACUACCAGGAAGACACUGUGUAUUUUCACCUGCCGCCUUUCAGUGGAGACAUGAAGUGCGUCUAUGGAGUGUCCUGUUAUCGCCAAAUAGAAGCAAAGGCCCUGAAGGUCCGACAGGCGGACGUUACCAGGGAGACGGUCCAGAAGAGCGUCUGUGUCCUCAGUCGAGUGCCUCUCUACGGUUUGCUCCAAGCUAAGCUGCAGCUCAUCACACACGCCUACUUCGAGGAGAAAGAUUUCUCCCAGAUCUCCAUCCUGAAGGAUCUGUAUGAGCACAUGAACGGCUCCCUGAGGGGCUCCGCUCUGGAGGGGUCACAGGUUUAUCUCGGUUUAUCACCAAGAGAUCUCAUCCUGCACUUUCAUCACAAGGUUCUCAUCCUCUUCAAACUCAUUCUGUUGGAGAAGAAGGUCCUGUUCUAUGUUUCUCCUGUAAACAGGCUGGUUGGAGCGCUGAUGACGGUUCUGUCACUUUUUCCGGGUAUGAUCGAACACGGCCUGGUGGAUUCGUCGCACUACAAACCAAAGAGCAGCGUGUCAGACGACCUGAGUCUGGUGGAGUGCGGCUUGGGAGCCGAGGAGUUCGUCUCCGUGUCCGUCACCGACAUCGCCCACGCCAACAUGGAGGCCACCCAGCCGGCUGCAGAGUCCCUGUCGUCGGGGAACAGCGCGGAGGGCGAAAGCAACCACCUCAAAGCGCCGUCACGCACCUCUCCAGAGUCUUCAGAGAGCGACUGGGAGACGCUGGACCCCAGCGUGUUGGGAGAACCCAAAGAACCUGCAGCUGGCAGCAGCGGGUCGGAUAUGCUGGACGCCUUCGACUCCAAACCAGGAACUCCGAUCACGGUGCAGCCGCUGGGGGUCAGCGGUCAGGGAGGGGUCAUCCAGGGUUUGGUGUCGGGUCUGGAGGAGGAUCAGUACGGCCUGCCGCUCCCCAUCUUCACUAAGGGUUACCUGUGCCUGCCUUAUAUGGCUCUGCAGCAGCAUCACCUCUUGUCGGACGUCACAGUUCGAGGCUUCGUUGCCGGGGCGACCAACAUCCUUUUCCGCCAGCAGAGGCACCUCAGUGACGCCAUCGUUGAAGUGGAGGAAGCUCGGAUCCAGAUCCAGGACCCAGAACUACGAAAGAUCCUGAGCCUGACGACGGCUGACCUGCGCUUCGCAGAUUACCUGGUGAAACACGUGACGGAGAACAGAGACGACGUGUUCCUGGACGGGACGGGCUGGGAGGGAGGAGACGAGUGGAUCAGAGCCCAGUUCACCCUCUACCUGCACUCCUUACUCUCCUCUGCGCUGCAGCAAGAUAAUGAGAGGCUGCUGGCCGAUUAUGGGGUGCCGUUCAUUGGAGCGUGGAAAAACACCCACAACUUCCGGGUUUGGUUCAGUAACAAACAUCCCGGCAUGACGGCGAUCACUCCAGGCCACCCGUUCCAGGGCCAGUACAGCGUAGGAGACGUGAAACUGCGGCUCUCACAUUCGGUGCAGAACAGCGAGCGAGGGAAAAAAAUCGGAAACGCCAUGAUGACGACCAGCCGCAGCGUCGUCCAAACCGGGAAGGCAGUGGGUCAGUCGGUGGGCGGAGCCUUAACGAGCGCCAAGUCUGCGAUGUCGUCCUGGUUCUCCACGCUGGCUCAGCCUUCACCUUUGACCCCAUCCUCAGGUCCGGAACCGGCCUCCGAGGUGAAGCCAUGACAGUUAGCAUCCAAACGUCCCGCAGCGACUCUUUCCGUCUCCUAGCAACGACAGCGAACAAGGCCGCCAUGGAUAGAAAAAACGAGUAAAUCUCCACCAAAUUUUUCAGAAAUUUUGAGAUUAAUCUCAGAAAUUC